UUAACCGAUAUACAUAUGUAUAUACCUAUCCAUCCGUACCCAUCUCAUCGUCGGUCCGGAUUCUUCUGCUCUCUUUCCGCUUGUCGUCGUCAGAUUCGCCGUCGUCUAAUUCAAUGGCCGCUGUUACUGUAUUCCAGUAUCAUUUUGUCCCGUGAAUUGGGGAGUCUGGUAUUCCUCUUCGCGCGACGAACAUUCAUUCGUUCUUAAUUGUUUCCCAUGAUAUAUGUAUCCAACCCUAAAAAACGACACGUAAAGACACCCAUCACCAAGUAUCGAUUCAUGUAGCAAGUGAAGAUAUUCCAGACGGGGCCAAGAGCGACGGGAAUUUUUCAAAUUCAAACGCCCUCGCGCUCACGCUCACGCGCCCACGAUCUCGAUUUAGCCGGCGCGGUGGACGUCAGUGCUCAAUAUCGGGGAUUCCGUCGAUAUCACCCUUCUACUAACUAACCCCCAAACCAUGGCCGGGGAACCAAUAUCAGCCAUGGCAGGCGCAUCGAGGACACUUUCCGAGCUCGCGAAAAGGAUAUACAUCCCAUUGACAGCAACAAGUCCGCCAGGUUUAGUAGAAGCGAACACCAUCGACCCAUGGAGUGCAUCUGGAAAGUACGGGUUAGGAUGGACGUAUUUCAGCGUAGCACUGAUGGGGAUGGUGGUGCUGGUACGGAUAUGGCAUUGGUGGCAAGACAAGAUCCGACAGGCGAUAUAUAAGCAAGAUAUGGAGCGGCAUUACCGAGAUUUAUAUAACCUCGACCCCGAGUACGCUUUGGCGACGGGCAUGCACACGGGCCAGACUGGGAUGCAAUUCUUCCCCGAGGAGGCCGGAGGAGAAAAGAGGGACUUCAAGCCGAAAUCCGACUUUUCCGCCGUCGGUCCCCUUCUGGAUACCUUCGCUCUUUUCAGAUGGGUAUUUUACCGGCCGAUACCAGAUCUCGUGUGGAGGAAACAUCGGUUCACUUUUUCGUCGCUUGCUGUUUUGUUUGUCGGGUUCAUCGCAUUGGCUUUCGUGUCUUUAUACGUGUUCCUCAAGCAACCACUGUAUUGGGACAGCAUUCAAUAUGGUUCCCCUCCGGUGGCGAUCCGAGCAGGCAUGAUUGCCGUCGCCAUGACUCCCUGGAUCAUUGCCACUAGCAUGAAGGCUAACCUUCUCACACUCAUCACGGGAAUCGGACCAGAGCGACUCAACGUGUUUCAUCGAUGGGCGGGUUAUCUUUGCCUAUUCUUGGUCCUCGUGCAUACAAUUCCGUUUUACGUCCAACCCGUGUGGGAUGACGGCGGUAUGGCCAUCUUCCAGACCCUGUUCCCUCAAGGAAGCGGUGUUAUCUACGGCACUGGUAUCGCAUGCCUAGUACCGCUACUCUGGCUCUGUGUCGCUUCGCUCCCAUUCAUCCGUAGGAUAGCUUACGAGCUUUUCGUUACGCUGCACGUGCCGGUCGGCUUUGUGUAUUUGAGCUGCUUAUUCUGGCAUACGAAAAACUACCUCGGGUCUUGGGAUUACUUAUAUGCCACAAUAGCCAUUUGGGUAUUGUGCUAUUUUAUGCGGAUAUUUAAACUCAAUUGGGUCAAGCCGUGGCGGAUGUCAUUCUUGGUUGGGGAUGAGGCCGCUAUUACCCUCAUGACCGAGAACGCCAUCAAGAUCACGAUUCCCACACAGAUGAAGUGGAAGCCCGGGCAAUAUGUAUAUUUGCGCAUGCCCGGCAUCUCAUUCUUCGACAACCAUCCGUUUACCAUCUCUUCGCUAUGCAGCGAGGAUUUCCCGUCGGAGUAUGGUGAGCAGUAUAGAGACUGUACUCUGGUGUUUAAACCAUAUGGUGGGUUUACCCGACGAGUUCUAGAAACCGCUAUCGAGAAAGGCCCAUUCCACACGUACCGGGCGUAUCUCGAUGGUCCUUAUGGCGGUAUGCGCCGAGAACUGGCUGCAUUCGAUACAUGCAUCCUAAUCGCUGGCGGAAGUGGUGUAACAGCACUGAUGUCUCAGUUAUUAAACCUGAUCAAACGCAUGCGUGAUGGCAAAGCUAUCACUAAGAAGGUAGUAGUCGUCUGGGCUCUAAAACGGUUAGAGGCGAUGGAUUGGUUCCGAGAGGAGUUGCGCAUCUGCCGAGACUCCGCGCCACCAGAGAGCGUAACAUGCAAAUUUUUCGUCACUGCAGCCAAGAGGCAAUCUCGAGUCCCAGCCCAUCGUGAGCGGGGACCUCGACCUAUAAGCAAUAUAUUCCACGAUAGAUUAGAUGGAUUCGUAGCCGGAAUCGCCUCGAAGCGCAAUUCCCAGUUGAUCCGGGACGAAGCGCAGGGGAACCAGGACUACGAGCGCGAACUUCGGGCGGAGGAUGAAGAUAGAAUCACCGCCCUUCCGCAACAGAAGUACCUCCAACCACACCACAUCCCACCGCAAGGCCCCCCGCCUUCAAAUCGCCUAUCCGCUCAGGAGGACUCUCUCCGGAGGUUAGAAGGCCGUGACCACAGCGACGUCGAAGACCACAGUACCGCACCAUCAGCCCCGACAGAAGGCUUCCCUGACGAUAAACCCAAGCGGGAAUUCCACUUCCCACCACUGCAAACGCGUCCAGACCAGCAACCGCACUUCAACUACGCGCCACCAUCCCCGCGACGAGUCCCACCUCCAUCUCACGAAGAGCCCUCCGAACCUUCCGAACCCGUCCUCCGACCCCCCGAAUUCGCACACCUGCGCACCACAAACCUCCCACCACAACCCCGCCCAACAUCAACCUUUGGCCCGCCCUCCGGCUUCGACUUCGGGUUCCCGGAGACCCCAACCGAGUUCCAGAAAAGCCUAAUGCGCUUCGCGUUCCCAGUGCCGCACCAAAUCGACGGCGGGUGGAGCGUGGAGUACGGGCGUCCGGACCUGGGGUACAUGCUCCGCGAGUGGACGACGGGCGGAGCGGACGGGAGAGGCAUUUUAGGGAGACGGACGGCGGUUUUCGUGUGUGGGCCGCCGAGCAUGCGGGUUGGCGUGUCGAAUAUGGUGGCUCGGCUGCAGGCGGAGAUUUGGGGCGAUCCGAUGCUGGAGGAGAUUUUUUUGCAUACGGAGAAUUAUGCGCUGUGAGGGGUGUAUAUACAUGUUAGUGUAGGAGAUAUAAGGGAGGGUGAGGGGGAGAGGGAAAGGGGGUUGUAUAUACAUAACUAACUACAUCUAAUAUCCCAUGCCGGGACGAUAUACGCAAUAUAUAACGACUGUACCGCCGGCGUUUGGGAUGGGAUACCUACUAUGGGAGGAGGGAAGGAUAUAAGGAUGAGCAUAGGGUUGGGAUAGGAGAUACCACACACAGCCAACUUGGGCUUUAUUCAUGUACUAGUUGAGACGGUGCUCUCGGCGUGUAUUUGUACGGACGGGUUGGUUCGAUGGGUGGGUUGACGACGUUUAUGUGCUGAGGCUAAGGGUGCUGUAUACGUGCCUUGGUACUUGCUUGGGCUGUGGCUCAAGCAUGGAUGGAUGGAAUUGGGAAAUGUGCUUUAUGAGCGUAUCGAGCGUGUACUUGCAUGUGUGCCGAUUUACUUGGGUACUUAUUAAUCUACUCCGAUGACUGUUAUUG